AUGGAAAAACCUCAAAUUAUCAUAUCUACAAUAAAAAGAGGAGAUGAGAUUACUUAUCCUAAAAAGGGAAAUCAUUUACGCAUUCAUUUUGAAGUUUUCGUACAAAAUAAAUGGUUUUAAUAGAGAGAGACCUAAUGGAGAGAAGAUUGAAACAACAAAAGAUGGUGAUCGUCCAUUUGAAUUUUAAAUAGGAGUUGAUGAUGUUAUACCUGGCUUAUAAUAAAUACUUUAUAAAAUGACAAUAGGUGAAAAAGUAAAAGCAGAAAUCCCUCCUUAAUUUGCAUAUUAGAGAGAAGGUUUAGCUGGGAUAAUUCCAAGUAAUGAAAAAUUAAUCAUGGAAAUUGAAUUAAUAUCAAUAACAUUUUGA